CGCACAUUGGGGGCUCGGCCCUACGCAAUGGAAAGGGGGCGCGCCCGACUUAAAGCAGCGCGCUGUCCAGUGUUGAUGUGUCGCAGAUUUUAAAAAGUGAGGAGACAGGCGGCAGGAGUUUGCUGUGAGGCGGAGAGCGGCGACAAGACGGAACCGCACCGGCAGCCGGCGGCACCGACACCGGGCUUCCUCCUCCCGCUCAACUAUUGAUUAUUAUCAGCGUCAUUAUUAUUAUUUCUCCGGUAAUUCCUGCCUCGACAACAACAAGCUGCUUUGGUGCUGCUCGGAACGUGCGAGGCAGCGCGCGACCAUGGAGCUGUCAUCCAUCGGAGACCAGGUGUUCGCGGUGGAGUCCAUCACCAAGAAAAGAGUGAGAAAGGGUAACGUGGAGUAUUUACUGAAGUGGCAGGGAUGGCCCCCAAAGUACAGCACUUGGGAACCAGAGGACAACAUUUUGGACCCUCGCCUGGUCCUGGCCUACGAAGAGAAUCAGGAGAAGAUCAGAGCUCUGGCCUAUCGCAGGAAAGGUCUCCGGCCCAGAAGGCUCGUCCUGCGGAACAUCUUCGCCAUGGACCUCCGCAGCGCCCACAAAGUCACAGAGAAGCCGCCGGCCCGCCUGCGCCUCUCCCUCACCAGGUCCAUGAGCACCGACGUGGACCAGGUGGAGCGCGGGGGCAUGUACCGUCGCCCGCCGAGGAGGAGGAGCAGGCAGAGGCUGAACAGGAGCGGGACGGAGGGCCCCCCUAACAAACCCAUCCGUCCACAGAGGAAGAAGGAGGAGCCCAUGGAGGAGGACUGGGGCGGCACCAGCGAGGAAGACAAGCAGGAGUCAGAAAGCACCACUGAGGAGAGAUGUGAAGACAGUUUAUAUGGUCAGUCAGAGUGCAGCUCGCCUCCUCUGCUGGAGCGGCAGGACCUGGAGAUGGAGGUGGAGGAGAAGGUGGAGGCAGACCUGACAGUGGUAAGCACAGACAUGUGGACGGACAGAUCAGGUGGAGGGACGUCUGAAACGAGACAGAAACAAACAUUUGCGAGCGACGAAUCAGACGACAGCGCCUUGGUGCCCGAGGCCAAACUGGGAGACGUGGCUCCGGUGGGCGACGGGUCAGAGCGGGAGGAGAGCGUGGCGUCGGGGUGGGAGAGUGUCGGAGUAGAGAGCAGCUCUGGUCAGAGAAGCAACACCACGUCAGUGAUAGUGAGCGUUCAGGGGAGCAGCGAGACGGCAGCUGAUGCUGCAGCCGUCUGCUGCGCUGCCGAGGAGAGGAAGGAGGAAGUGAGAGGCGACAAUCAGACCAUUACCACCAAGGCAGCAGACAGCCAGACUGGCCCCGCUGAGGCAGAGCAUCCCGGGAAGGUGAUUGUGACAGAUGUGACGAUAAACUCCCUGACAGUGACUUUUAAAGAAGCCCUGGUGGCUGAGGGCUUCUUUAAGAACUAUUGAACGAAGAGAAAGAGAACCGCCGAGAGAUUAAAAUAACCAUAAUUAGACUUGCCACUCAUUUUGUACGUGUAAAUAGUCAUGUGUGUAAGAUAAUUUCACAUGUUUACAAAGCUACACUCAUUUCCUACUGAGUUCAGUGAAUACAUUAUUGCCUUUGAAUAAAAAAAUGAGUGGUAAUUUUAUCAUUGUGGCUCAUUUAUUAGGUGUGAUAGGAAGCCUGAGGCUCCAAAAUGUGCUCAAAUUAUCCGUUGCAUUCCAGCAGACUGAAUGGAUCUCAGUGGCAGGUCUGGUUCCGGGGCCGCUGGCUUUACUGAGAGCAGGAGACAGAUGGUGAGACAGCAGCCGAUAACAAUACAGUUCACAUUACUACUUCGAUGCAGCUACUUUUUCCAGUUGUCCUCAGUGCUUUCCAGCAAGACGUCGAUCUCACACUCAGAUCUGUUCUCGGGGCCGGUUUCAGUCGCUCCUCUUUCUUACGAAUAACGUUUUGUAAAGAUGUUGCUCUCUUUUCGUUUCCUUUCUUUUCUUUGUCCCAGUAUUCGCACAGAGCUAACCGCAUGCCCUGUCAGUCUGCCUCACAUUCACAAAGGCCUGUCCUGCGCUUUGUUGAAGAGGUUUAUUUCUGUCACAAAAGAAACAAAACAAAGACAGAAUUAAUGCCUGCCGCUUAGAUGAAGUUCUGCAUUUCAAGGAAGAUGAAUGCACUAAAAGUACACAGUUGUGUUUGCUGUCUGUCUGUCCUUUAACUUUUCAAGUAUGAAAUGCUACCUGGUUCUAUUUUUGUAAUACCAAUUGAUAGUCCACUCUUUUCUCUAGCCUUUGUGCACAUCAAAAGAGGAGAUAUCAGUUUACACCACCGCUGUUAUGCUGUGUCAGUAAUGUACAAAUGGAAGCAGACGUACGUUAGGUCAGACUCUAGUGAGCUAUUAUUAUUUAUUGCAUGUCACUUGUAUAAGCUAAACUAACUUAUGUCACUCAGUGUGUCCAAAUCAGCCUCUCUGACAAAGAUGAAUUGUCAAACAUGUCUUCUCUCUAAAAAUGAAUUUUUAUUUUGACUGCAUUUCCAAUAAAUGUGUACUAAAAUAA